GUGCGCGCAGCUGCCAGCCGAGACUUACCAAGAGGAGGCCGUUAGCCACCGGUGUAGCACUGAGUUUGUAAGAGCGGCUAGGUCCGGCAGUGCCGGGGUUUGGAUUCUGGAUCCGUUAAGGGAGGAGGGUCGGCCGGGAGAGGGCACUGGAGCUCAGUAUCCCGAGCCUCCCGCAAGUACCGUGAAAUUAUCUGUGGGGGAAUAUUCUUGCACAUCUGGGGAACAUAGGCAGACAACACCAAGCUCUCCACCAGUCUCGCAGACAUCUGGGCAGUGUUCAUCUUUAUGUGUGGCCGCGCACCCCUCAUACCCAGCUCCUGCAUAUCCAGUAUUGCUUGACCCCAACUCGCUACACGACAUAGAACUAACAUCGUUACCCACAAAAACCGGGGACUGCAUUAAUAUAUACCCGUUAUCUCUGUACACAGUGACUGGACACCUAGGCACAUCACCGGCCGCCUACUACGUCCAAGAGCAGAGUGUAUUUUCUGCACCUCAGCUCAUACCAGCUGGACCCUGCGAGCCAGCCCUGGACCCCCAGGCAGGAGGCCCCCAUAUAGUAACCCGGACAUCUCUGCUGUCAGCUGCCCAGGGGCAGGAUGAGGACAACAAGAUGAGCCAGGAGAAGAAAAAGAAGCCCAAUGGCAUCAUGUUGGUAAAAGGCAUCCUUAUGAAAGAUGGAAGCACGCGACAGGGCAUUGGAAGACCUAGCGUGUACCAUGCAGUUGUUGUCAUCUUCUUAGAAUUCUUUGCCUGGGGAUUGUUAACAACUCCAAUGUUAGGAGUGUUACAUGAUACAUUUCCUGAACAUACUUUUCUAAUGAAUGGACUCAUUCAAGGAGUAAAGGGCUUCCUGUCAUUCAUGAGUGCUCCACUAAUUGGUGCUUUGUCAGAUAUAUAUGGAAGAAAAUCUUUCCUUCUUGUCACUGUGUUCUUUACCUGUUUUCCAAUUCCCCUAAUGAAAAUAAGCCCAUGGUGGUAUUUUGCGAUGAUCUCAGUAUCUGGGGCAUUCUCUGUUACUUUCUCUGUAAUAUUUGCUUAUGUUGCUGACAUUACACAGGAACACGAAAGGAGUACAGCUUAUGGGCUGGUAUCUGCUACAUUUGCAGCAAGUUUGGUAACCAGCCCUGCAAUUGGUGCUUAUCUCUCUGCUUUCUAUGGCGACAAUCUUGUUGUCCUUGUGGCUACUGUGGUUGCACUGUUAGACAUCUGUUUCAUUUUGUUGGCUGUCCCAGAAUCUUUGCGAGAGAAAAUGAGACCAGCUUCCUGGGGAGCACAGAUUUCAUGGGAGCAAGCUGACCCAUUUGCAGUCAUAUGCUUUACUCCAAGUAGCAUUGCUGCAUUCAUUGCAGUUGUUGGUAUUUUGUCUAUUAUAGCUCAGACUGUAUUCCUCAGUAUCCUUAUGCGGUCGAUAGGAAACAAGAAUACUGUCCUCCUUGGUCUUGGUUUUCAAAUGUUUCAACUGGCUUGGUAUGGAUUUGGAUCCCAGCCUUGGAUGAUGUGGGCUGCUGGAGCUAUUGCAGCAAUGUCAAGUAUCACUUUCCCUGCAGUGAGUGCCCUAAUUUCCCAUAAUACAGAAUCAGAUAAACAAGGUGUUGCCCAAGGAAUGGUGACUGGUAUACGAGGUUUAUGCAACGGCCUUGGACCAGCACUCUAUGGAUUUGUCUUCUUUCUCUUCCAUGUAGAACUUAAUGGUGAUGUAACUGUGCCUAGUUCAGAGAAAACCACAAUAAAAGAUCCAUCUGAUGCCAAAGCCAUUAUCCCAGGCCCACCAUUCUUGUUUGGAGCUUGUGCUGUGCUUCUUGCAUUCCUGGUUGCCUUAUUCAUCCCGGACCACAGCAGCCAUUCAACCAAAAACAUUGGAAACGGGAAGCACAACAGCAGCAACAUCAUCAGCAACACAACAAUAAGUAAUAUGGAUCGAGGAAGUGAUGAAGAUAUAGAGCCACUGUUGCAUGACAGUAGCCUAUGAGCAUUUCCCAAAGUAUCAUUAGGCAUUAAAACAUGGUGGAUGCAAAGAAAAUAUAUCAGGUUCAACUGAAGAAAAUCUAUAAUAAUAAUAAAAAAAGAAAUCCAUGACACUGUUAAUACUGCCAUUACCUUUUUAAUGUUCUUAUAUACAAAGUAGAAUACCUAUUCACUGCAUGGGAGAUUGCAUGCGUAGCAGAAGUCUCCAGCAGUAAAGCAAGCAAAAGGUUUGAGAACUUAUUUUAUGUUUUGUUGUUUUUUUGUUUUUUUUGCUACCUCAAACCUUGUCAUUGCAUUAAACAAAUUUGACAAAGUGAAACAAUGCAGUGACAGAGUUUUGAUCUUGAAAAGGUAUCAUAUGCAAAGUGAGUUGGUAGAUGGUGUUUUGAUGCACCUUACAGUGCCUGCGUUAUAUAUAUAUAUUUUUGUGAGAGGAAUACUCCAUUUUGACUUUCUGCUGAGGAGACAUGUCUCUUGCAUUCUGAAUCUACCAUUGGCUGUCUUGUGGAAGGCAUUCACUCCUGUGACAAAAGAAAGGCUGGAUAAAUCCUAUGUAGAAUACGUUUUUUUUUUAGCCUCCAGUUUUAAGGACAUCCACAAAAAAGAAAAAAAAAAACUAUUUGCUAUUUGUGCACUUCAGUAAACCAUACCUAGAGCAGUUAUUGAGUUUCACAGUACAUGUUCCCUAAUUACAUAUAUAUAAUGAAUUAGCAAAAUAUAUUUUUUCUUUUGCAGGCAAAAGCUCCUUACUAUUUAUUUGCAUUGACUCCAAAAUGGUAAUUCUAGUUGAACUAGUAAUAAACACAUUUUACAAAUUUGUGUAAGAAAAAAUAAGGCAUUUAAAACAUAGUUACAAAACAUGAAACCAAUGACUAUAUAAAUAUUGUCCUAAAUUGAAAAAGUGUCCUGAAUUGAUAAGUGUGGUAGUACUAUUUAUUGCAGAUGUUAAAUCCAGUGGAUGCUUUUUCUCUUUUAAUACUAAAGAGGUUAAGUAAUAUUUCAAGAGCAAUGCAAUUCGAAAUCUGGGUCAUGAUAAAAUAGGUGCUCUAAUGUUAUUACCUGAACUUUACCAAUUUGAAGGAAGUCCUAUAUUUCACAACAUUCCUAAUUACGAGGUUUCUGAACGCAAUGCUGGUGGAUGCUAUUCAGCAGUCAGCUUAUCCGUUUUUUUUCUAAUGUUUACUAAGAACUCUAAUUAUGGUCACCUCAUUGUGUACACCCCAGCCUUAACUGCUAUGAAGAGUGCAUUGUCACAAAUCAUAGCCUUCAUAUCAAACACUUUUCCUUUACUGCUUUGCUCCAACAGAUAUGCAGUCUGUUUCCUUUCUUGUAAAGUAGGGUACUUUGUCUCAUCAAACAUAAAGAUUGAGCAAAUAUAUGAAAGUACACAGACUUACAUGUAUUUUUCUGAAAUAGACAAAAGAAAAAAUCAUUAACUAAGCACUGCUUUUAAUGUUUUAUAUGUAGAUAUUUGUAUGAAACUUAGUUUUUCCCCUUAUGAGAGGCUGUGUAUAUCUUGUAUUUAUAACUGUAACAAGAUUCUUGACUGAAAAUAUACUGCUUUUUAUAUAAAGGAUUAUCUAUGACUGAGAAAAGGUCUUUUUUCUUAAUAUAUAUAUUUUGGAAUGUUAUACCUUCAACAGAGAAUAACGUACAUUUUGUAAUAUGCAUUUGGUUUUUAUGUUACAAGGUUCAGAAUACAUAAUAAACUGGUCAAGGUAUGCUCAAAUUAAAUGUCUUUUCCUUUUAA